CCUAAAUGGAAGAGAAGAAGUACUCUAAAGGAGAAAUUGUAUGGGGAAAGAUUCGUGGAUAUCCCUGGUGGCCAGCUCAGAUCAUCAAGAUUAUUAAGAAAAAUGGUCGGAAUGAUAACACUAAGUACAAAUGUGUAUAUCUGAAUGACUCAACUCAUUCAGAGUUGUAUUAGGCAGUAGUAUGAAACCCUUCAGAGAAUUCUUCGCUCAACUUUCCAAGAAAGUAAAACAAAAAUCACUCAAAGAUGCUAUUAAAAUGGCUGACAACAAGGAUAAGGCCAGACAGGAGGAUCCUAAUCUAAAAGAUUAUAAGAGUGAGACUGACUCGAUUAUUGAAAGCUUAGGCUCUGGAGAAGAAGAACAGAGCGAGGAAGAAAUUUCAGUAAAAUAAGAACUUCCUUGCAAAGUCAAAGAAGCAAGAAUCCAAAGAGGAAAGCAAGGAAGAGUCAAUUCUAGAAGAUCCUCCAAUUGAAGAAAAUAAGUCUGAUGACAAAAUGGAUGAGGAUUCAGAAGAUAAGAAGGAAGUAGAAAAAGAAGAGAAUAAAGAUGAGGAUUCUGACUAUAAAGCUGAUAAUCCUUCUGAUAUUAUAUCUGGAAAAUCUAGUGAAAAGGAAAAGAAAUCUACUCCUAAAAGAGUCACCAGGAAAAGGCUUAGAAGGGAAAUAAAAGAUUUGGAAUCUCCUGAAGUCAAAACCACUCCAAAGAAGAAGAGAGGACCUUAUAAGAAGAAGGAUGCUUCGCCUAAGAGAAGCUUAAGGGAGAGGAGGAGCAAGAAAGUUUUGAGUGACAAUGAAUUCCAUCUCUCUGAAAAGAUAAAUAAGAGCAGCUCUAAGACAACUCCAAAGAAGUCUCAUCUCCAAAGUAACAGAGAAAGAACAUCAAAAGCAACACAGGAGCUUCAGAAGCUUGCUUUAAUAAGAACGAAGCUUGAUAACGUACUAAAGGAGAAAUUCACUUCGAUUGAUUUAGUAGCUGAGGAGAACUCAGAUAAAAUAUUUGAAGAUUUUGAAUUUCUUUCCCGAAAAGAAAUCGAUGUGAAGUCACUAUGAAUGACUGGAAUCUGUAAAAGCCUACACAAAUUUCAGAGAUACUGUAAACAGAAAUACAAAAGGUAUAAGGAGAAGAAACAAGAUCCUUCUUAUUCCCUCUUAAGUACAGAGAAGAAAGCUCAAGAUGCACAGUGAUUAAAAAUCUUACAGAAAAUAGUCGACCAUAGCAAGAAAAUCCUACAUAAAUUUAGAGAUCUGGUCAAUGAGUACUUCUUUGACUAUACAGUAGGAUUUGAUGAGUCUGGGUUCAAGUAG